GCAAAGCAGCUUCGCUUCUCCUUCUUCCAACACAAACCAACACGCCUAAGAAAUCCCCAAUCAACCCAAUCGGCAAAGCCACGGCCAGUACACGGUCCUCUUCCUUCUCCUCCUUCGAAACCCUAAUUUUCCCAAUCCGAUCCUUCUUCCUCAAAAUCUAGCGUCAAUUUCAAGAAGAUCGAGAGGAUUCGAUAAUUGCAGAGAAUCAACCAUGUUUACCAGGCUUUUUGGGAAACCUAAACAGGAAGGCAAUGCCCUGACCACCUUAGACAAAUUAAAUGAGACACUUGAAAUGCUAGAGAAAAAGGAAAAAGUACUACAGAAAAAGGCUGCUGCAGAAGUUGAAAGGGCCAAGGAAUUCACCAGAGCAAAGAACAAAAGGGCGGCUAUACAAUGUUUGAAGAGGAAGAGGUUAUAUGAACAACAAAUAGAACAGCUUGGAAAUUUCCAGUUGCGUAUCCAUGAUCAGAUGAUAAUGCUAGAAGGUGCAAAAGCCACAACUGAAACUGUAGAUGCCUUGAGAACUGGAGCAGCUGCAAUGAAGGCAAUGCAGAAAGCAACGAACAUAGAUGAUGUGGACAAGACCAUGGAUGAGAUUAAUGAGCAGACAGAGAACAUGAAACAGAUACAGGAAGCUUUGUCAGCUCCAAUUGGUGCAGCUGCUGAUUUUGAUGAGGAUGAACUUGAAGCAGAACUUGAAGAGCUGGAAGGCGCUGAGUUGGAAGAACAACUUCUUCAGCCAGCAACAACAGCUCCUGCUGCUCCAGUGCAAGCCCCAGCAGGAAGGCAACCAACCCGUCCUAUUCCCCAGAAGCGUACUGCUGAAGAAGAUGAAUUGGCUGCUUUGCAGGCUGAGAUGGCACUUUGAGCAGGUAUUAUUCUGCAGGAUGAAAGGAGGUUAUGUAAAGGAUUGGUCUGAUUUUAUAAUGGAGAUUUGUGCUCCGAUCACGCAUCCAGAUUUCUGUGUGGCUUCAUUAUUAAACAGAAUGUAUAUAAAGGUGGCGUAAAUCAAACAGUCCCCUUUGAAACUUGUAUUCUGCUUUUUUUCAGAGUUUUCUCUUUCUUUUCUUUUUCUUUUUCAUUUUAACUUAUCUUUGAACAUUUAUUCAAUGUUCUGUCAGGCCUUAAUCAAUAGCUUGUUCUA